AGGUGUCAAAUCAAUUCUCAUUCUGAUUGUAAUGAAGUAGGGGUGGAGGGGAGUGAAAGAGGCAGGGAGUUAAAGAGACAUGGGAAUGGUUGUCUGUGCACCCCUGUGAUGGUGAAGUCUUUUGUCAUCUUUACUCUCAGGAGAUAUUUUCUAUUCACUGAGGAGCCACUUAGUACCAAACCAGACUAAUUAUUUUCCACAUUGAUUUUCUUCCUUUUCUAGGGUAUAUUUGCUAUUGAGUUCAGAGGAGAGGGGAUGAAAGCCUCUCUCCUGUUCCUCCUCAACCAGAAUUUCAUACAAAGAAAUAUGCCCAAUUUAUUCCAAUAGCUGCCAGGCACCCCUUCUCCUGUUUCCCUCAUUUCUUCCCAUUCCCUUCCCUGUACAUAUAUUCAAUGAUAGAUUUUGCAUAUGUGCUGUAUGAAUAUUUAUUUUGGAUGUACAUAUCCAUGUAGAUGAGAGAUCUUGGUAGAAGUCAUCCAGGACAGAGACUGUUUCAUGUUUUGUCUUCAUAUGCCGAAAUCUCACACUGUAAUAAGAGGGAGAUCCAGGAGGCUCAACAGAUAAAGAGCCAGCCUUGGAGACUAGAAGUCUUGGGUUCAAAUCUAACUUCAUACACUUCCUAGCUUUGUAACACUGGACAAGUCACUUAACCCCAAUUUCUUAGCCUUUAACUACUCUUCUGCUUGGUACAGUACUUAGUAUUAAUUCUAAGACAGAACAGAAGGGUUUUUUUUAAAAAAGGAACAUAAUAAGAGUUUAGUAAAUGCUUGUUGAUUAUUGAUUGACAUGCUAAGAACUCAACUUAGGCCUAUUUCUAAUCUUUUGUAGAAAAAACUAACUUUACUUCAGUUACACCUACCUACAGAAGGAAAAGACUCGGUGCUAGUCUUGUAGGGUGACCUCUGGUUAUGGCCAAGUUUUAUCAAAUUAGGUAUUCACCGGGAUACCUCUACCUCACCUUUAAAAAUCCUCAAAUUAAAUUGUUUGGCUAACUGAAAAAUCACAACAAUCUGUGAGAUAGGAAGUAAAGUAGUAUUAUCUUUUAUAUAAUAAAUAAGAACUAGCAUUUAUUUAGCACUUUAAAGUUUGCAAAAUAAUUUACAUAUAUUAAUUUGAUCCUAUGCUGUUAAUUAGAUAUUAUUAUGCCCAUUUUAUUAUUGAAGAAACUUAGGUUGAGAUAUUUGCUCAGUGUUGAAUAGACAGAGAGUAUCUAGGGCAAAAUUUAGAUGCUUUUCAUUUAAAUUUUAUUGCCUCUUUUUCAGAAGGUGAGUAGUAUAUUUCAUCUUUAUUCCUUUGGACUCAUAGCUUGUCAUUGUGUUGAUCAGGUUUUUUUGUUUGUUUGUUUGUUUUUUUAAACCCUUACCUUCCAUCUUGGGGUCAAUACUGUGUAUUGGGUCCAAGGCAGAAGAGUGGUAAGGGCUAGGCAAUGGGGGUCAAGUAACUUGCCCAGGGUCACACAGCUGGGAAGUGUCUGAGGUCAGAUUUGAACCUAGGACCUCCUGUCUCUAGGCCUGGCUCUCAAUCCACUGAGCUACCCAGCUACCCUCGAUCAGUUUUUUUAAAAGCGGUUUUUCUUUAUAAUGUUGUUAUUAUAUACAUUGUUCUCCCAGUUCUACUCACUUCCCGGUGCAUUGUUUCAUAAAUGUUAGAGAAGUCUUUUGUCAUUUCUUAUGGCACAAUCAUUUUAUAUUACAUUCAUAAAAUAGAGUUUUAGUCAUUCAAUAUAAUAUCUCCUGCAUUCCCCCAUUUUUGACUACUGUGAAAGAGAGCAGCUUUAGAAGUUUUUGCACAUUUGAAUCCUUUUCCCUUUUCUUUGAUUUCUUUAAGGAAUAGGCCUAGUCUUACCUUGUACCAUACAGCAACUGAGUAUUAGGGUCUGGUUUUAAAUGUAGAUGUUCAGCUUCUUUUCCUACUACAUCAUGCCACCUUAUUUCAUAUUGCCCUGGGUCCCUCCCUUUAAUAGUUCACUAUAAAAAAGGAGAAGAGUAGAGCCAUUAUAGAUAUUGUUAUACAAUUUUCCCAGUAAGUGCUUUUAAUUAUUUAGACAGGGGAAACGGAAAUACUGGUUGUGGCAGAAAUUCUUGGGAUGGGCUCAAGUGCCUAGAAAAAGCAUUAAAUAUGUGUAAUGGAAAGAAGGAAUUGAUGAACCCCAGUAGUAACAGAGAAAUGACAAAUGAAUGAGGUGUAAGACUAUAGAGAAUUGGGAAAAGCCCCACUCCUUUUUUUAAAAAGUUAGGUAAAGUUAUUCCAAACUAAACAACACUAGAAGAUGAAACAUUGAGCCAUCCUAGAAUGAAGGGUGGCUCACAUUUUCUUUCCCACUGCCCCCUUAAAUGCAGUGUUUUGACAAUUGGUGAUGGGAGAACCUUAGAUAGAAGAGUAGAAGAAUGAGAAAAUGAAGGCUGCAGAGAUCCUAGGUUUAUAAAAAAUGAAAAGGGAGGUUAAAGCGACUUUGCCCAAGGCACAAGAAAGAAGGCCUACAACCUGGUCCUAGAGAAAAGUGAAUGUUAUGGGGUAGAGAAACAAGAUGAAUAGUCCAGUCCCCAUGUCCCAAGAGUAUUUGUCCAGUAAUAGGAGAGAAGGCUGCUUUAGCAGAGGAGGAAUUUGGAAAUUGAGUUCUAUGGAUAAAAAGAAAGCCAAUUUAGACAAAAAGAGGCUGCUAUAUAGCCCAGUGAUUAGAGCACUGGGCCUGGAUUCAGUAAGACCUGACUUUAAAAUCUAGUCUUAGCCUCUUCCUAUCUGUAUCACCCUGAGCGAGUCACCAACUGGAGAAGGAAAUGGUAAACCACUGUAUUAUCCUUGCCAAGAAAAGCCCAUGGAUAGCUGUGGUCCAUCAAGUCAUGAAGAAUCAGACAUGAUUAAACAACUCAACAACUACAACUUGAAACAACCAUUUCAAGACUUGGAAGUCUGAAGCAUCCAAACCAAGGGAUUGAAUUCAAUCAAAGUGAACGGCUACCAUUCAUCAGGGACCCCAGUGCAUCAGUCAGAGCCUGUCCACAUGAGUCUCCGAAAACCCACUGGUGAUUUCCAGAACCCAGGAUCUCCAUCGCCAGGCAAGAAACAAAGCAAGGAAAGCACCAUCACCAUAAACUGUGUGACUUUCCCACAUCCAGAUACAAUGCCAGAGCAACAGCUAUUGAAGCCCACUGAAUGGAGUUACUGUGAUUACUUCUGGGCUGAUAAGAAGGAUCCCCAAGGCAAUGGCACUGUGGCUGGGUUUGAAAUUCUUCUUCAGAAACAACUGAAAGGCAAACAGAUGCAAAAGGAAAUGUCAGAAUUCAUUAGGGAAAGAAUUAAGAUUGAAGAGGAAUAUGCCAAGAACUUAGCCAAGCUCUCUCAGAAUUCCUUGGCAGCUCAGGAAGAAGGCUCCCUAGGAGAGGCCUGGGCCCAGGUGAAGAAAAGUCUGGCUGAUGAGGCAGAAGUCCAUCUCAAGUUUUCUUCCAAGCUCCACAGUGAAGUGGAAAAGCCCCUGAUGAACUUCCGAGAAAAUUUCAAGAAAGACAUGAAGAAAUGCGACCAUCACAUUGCUGAUCUGCGGAAACAACUGGCCAGCCGAUAUGCCUCAGUAGAGAAGGCACGGAAGGCCCUUACAGAGAGGCAGAAAGACCUGGAGAUGAAAACCCAGCAACUAGAAAUCAAACUUAGCAACAAAACGGAAGAGGACAUUAAGAAAGCCAGGAGGAAGUCAACACAGGCUGGAGAUGAUCUGAUGCGCUGUGUGGAUCUCUAUAAUCAGGCCCAGUCUAAAUGGUUUGAAGAGAUGGUGACAACCACCUUGGAACUCGAGAGACUGGAGGUGGAACGGGUAGAGAUGAUUCGGCAACAUCUGUGCCAAUACACACAGCUGCGGCAUGAGACAGACAUGUUCAACCAAAGUACAGUAGAACCUGUGGAUCAACUCCUUCGGAAAGUGGAUCCUGCUAAAGACAGAGAGCUGUGGGUAAAAGAACACAAAACUGGAGAUAUCCGACCUGUGGAUAUGGAAAUCUAGACUGAAUAAGUCAUUCUUUGAAUGGGUUUAUUGUUGGGGUUUUAGGAUCCCACCCAGAAAUGGGGCUUUCUUUUUGGGGGCCCAUUGUCAAACGAGGAAGGGUUUGUGCUGCCAUUCCAACCAAUGUCCUAUUUGAAGAGGUAGCUGGAGUGUCUUCAUUCCCCACUCCAGACUCAGAAGAUAGACAUAUAUACCCUUGCCUUUAAUACCAACUAUCACUAAACUUUCCAACUUCCCAUCCUGUGCUGUUCUGAGAGCAAACUGAAGAAUUUGCUUUCUGGAAUAUGACAGUGCUCUGUUUUUACUCAUGUGACAUGCUUUAAAGACCCAAUUGUAUAACAUACUUGUGAUUCUUGAGGGGUCACCAGGGCUUGGCUGUCAGCAAGCUAGAAGAAGCUCCUCAUCUCCAAGGAAAAUGUUGUUAACCCCUUUCUCCAAAAUGAACACCAAAAUGAAUUAGGCUGGAAAGACAGAUACCCCCAUAGCUAGAACAUCCCUUCUGCAUCCGUAAAAGUCCAUUGUUUUUGACCUGUCUGAUACUGGAAGCUUUUCUCUUUGGCAUCUUCUGAAACAUUUCAUCAUAGAAUCAUCUAUUGGAACCUAUGAGGAAUUCCUCCAAAUGAGCACUUGCUUCUCUCAUCACAAAACUGACCCUGCCCUUUUAAAACCUAAAAUGAUAAUGGUGGAACUACCUCAUUAGAAACUGUCCCCAUUUUCCCUUCCCAUUUGAAGUGGGUGUUUUUGUUUUGUUUUGUCUUGUUUUUCUUUCUGCAUAGAUAGGGCUUCCUGAAUCUUUGGACCUAUGUCAUCAUUCUCUAUUGCUUUGGGAAAUAUCAAGUCACUAGUUUAAGCCAGCUUUGUUUUGUAAGACUUAUCAUAUGAAGCUUUUCUGAAGUCCUUACUUUUCAGUGUCUCAUUCUGUUCAUUUCAGUGGUUUAGGAGUAGAUCUCACCUCAUCUCAGGGGUCACUUAAAGCAGGCUAUGAAUUACCUGGAUCCUUCUCCUUCGCACGAUCAUUUCUGUUUAUUGUUUUUAUCUAGUAUUAGUCCUUACAUCAAAGUGACUGAGUAUUUAAAAGCAUUAAAACCCAGGAUCUUGGUUUUAAGAUGGAAUAGGAAUAGUAUUUGACUUCCUCCCAUAACCAUGCCCUUGGUCACCUUGACCAUCCCAUGCCAUUUUUCUCUUUUUUUAAACCCUUACCUUUCAUUUUAGAAUCAAUACCAUGUAUUGCUUCUAAAACAGAAGAGCAGUAAGAGCUAAUUAAUGAGGGUUAAGUGACUUGUCCAGAGUCACGCACCUAGGAAGUUUCUGAGGUUAUAUUUGAACCCAGAACUUCCCAGCUUCAAGCUUGGCUCUCUUUCCACUGAUCCACCUAGUUGCCCUCAGUCUCUCUCUCUCUCUCUCUCUCUCUCUCUCUCUCUCUCUCUCUCUCUCUCUCUCUCUCUCUCUCUCUCUCUCUCUCUUUCUCUUUACUAGAAUUAAGAUCCUAAGGAGGAAGUAAAUUUUUGGAAUUUUGGAACUGGCAGUAUGAACAAAGAUCAUUGUGGUCUGAUGUUCUACAUAGAUUUGGAGAGUGGGUGAUUAGAUUGAGGCUAUCGAGUGAUAUUCAGUUAUUGCUCACAUGAUUGUAGUUCCUUGGUUUCUUCUUUUACAAAAUUAGAGAUAAGUAUACUGCAAGGACAGGAUUGAGGGGGAUGAAGAAUCAACUUUGGUUCAGUAAAUGCAUGUUUAUGUGUUUUUCAAGUUCUACGCAAAGGUUAAGUGAUACUUUUAUUAUUCCAGUGAGUUGAUCUUUCAUUGUAGGGAACCUAAAUUCUUUCUUCCUCCCAGUAUGAGAUCAAUACACCUUUUCUUCUUUUCCACUUCUUACUGGCCAAUCUGUCUGUCAUUACAGAGCAGCUCUUCUUUGCUUCCUAGAAAAAGCCACAACAGCUUGUGAUAGAGUAAUUUGGAUUUAGAUCCUGGUAGCUGAGCUCAACCAUUCCUUUGCAGACCAAUAGAAUAGCCAUUCCAAAAAAUGAUAGUCUCAUUCAUUCUUCCUCUAAUUCAUCAUCCAAGUUUUAGUGUCUACUUCUUCAAUCAGGAUAGGCAGAUUGGAUUUCUUGGAAUUAGGGAUCUUAAUGUUCAUUUACUUAAAAUAUUUUAUUUGAUAUCACAGUAUGAAUAGGCAUGAAUAGGUUGCUAUCCACACCAAUAGUUCGAGACUAUUUCCAUCACAGGUCAUUUUAAAGUAUUUUGAAGUUGGGUAAAUAGAAGAAACCUAGGUUAUUAGAAUCGAAUGAAGGUGCCUGAGUGUUCAAGGUAUAUGAAUAACUAAAACUCCAUGAAGCUGUUCAAGGGUAAUUCAUGAACUUUUGUAUACCAAAUAGGUCAAGGGUUCACUGAGUACCUGUCGUGUACCCAGAUCUUUCUUCAGAUGAUUUAAAAAAAAAAAGCCUUCUGAAAGCUUCUCUCUGGAACAUAGUGAACAUUCAUAUAGUUCAUGUUUUAAAAAAAAUAACAAUAAAAUCCCCAGCAAAGCCACUGGCAUUCAUCAUGGAUUAUCCUGUUGCCAUAGCAACUCUCUACUUGAUUUUCCCCCUUCAGAAGCAAACUAGCCUUAUAUUCACCUAUGAUAAAAGCAUAAUUCUCUUUGUUUAAUUACUCAUAAUCAGGAUUUAAACAUUCCCAGAAUAAAUUGACAAUGUAAUUGGGGGGGGGGGCAGGAAAAAGGGUAAAGUGUUGUUCUCUAAGAAUUUAGAUUUUGAGAGAAUAUAAGAUUCCAAUAACUAAUUAGUGCUAUAUAUCUCCACAGUUUUAUCUUUUGGGCUCUUGGCCACUUACUUGAUAGAACUAAAAAUCAAACAUUGAAUAGUAAGCAAAGCAAGUAUUAACAAUUACAAAAUUCAGGAAUUUUGUUUUUUUUCACUUCUAUAUUUUAAAAAAUAAUAUGCUUUAAAAAAUUAAGAUCAAAUACCUAAGUAGCAUUAUCAGCAAGUGAAAGCACUGGCUGAGCAGGAGUCCAUUAUCGAAAGUCCAAGCUGUGAAAUUCAAAUAUUUGCCUUUUUCCCUGGCCUCAAUGAGUCUUAAUGAAUGGGCCUAUUUUAUUUCAGACAUGUGAGUAGCCUUUUAUACUAAUAUAACUAGGACCCUACUUAAUUAAUUUCCACAGCAAAGUGCUUUAAGAGCAAUAUCAACUUAAUAUGUCAUCAUUUAAGAAAGAAAAGGUCACUGUGCAUGCUGUCAGUCAUAUUUCUCCAAUACUCUUGUUCCAAGAAAGGAAAAUGCUAAUACCUAGUUUCUCUAAAGGAAUGAUUUGCUUUGGAGAUUGGUUUUUGGUCCUCUAUCUUCUGUUUGAUCUCUCUUUUUUUUUUUUAAGUCCUUACAUUACAUCUUAGAAUCAAUACUGUGUUUUAUUUCCAAGACAGAAGAACUGUAAAAGUCAGGUAAUGGGGGUUAAGUGACUUGUCCUAGGUCACACAGCUAGAAAGUAUCUGAGACCAGAUAUGAACCCAGGACUUCCUUUCUCUAGGUUUGGCUUUCAAUCCUUUGAGCCACAUAAGUGCCCUCUUCUGCUCAUUUUCACAAAUAUCUCUACCAUACCCAUUCUGAUUCUAAAUAUGCUUCAUUUUCAAAUGCCAGGAGAACCUAUGAGUACUGCCAAAUAUCUAUUUACCACAAUGCAAUAAAGUCAAAAAUCUAGGUUUUAUUCAGCAUAGGUUCCGGUCUCAGAAAAAACCUGAGCAAUCAUAGGAUUCCAACAAGGCUUCUUAUUCAUUAGGCAAAAGUACAUUAGAGGGACAGAGAAAUAAUUAUUUUACAUAUUGUAAAACAUUCCUAUUAAACCAUAAGAGUUAAAGAGAAGAUAAAUCUAGAAUCCCAUGUUUCCUUUAAUAUCAUAAAAAUUGAACAAGCUUAGUUAAAUAAAAUAUUAAUCUCACAAAUCCCCUGAGGGGACAAACUUCAUCAAAUGAUAGGUAAACUAAAUCAGGAUACAGAUUAAACAACACUCACAAAUGGGCUGAUAUAGGAGGAGUAGGAUUUACAUGUCACCCUAGAAUCAGAGACAGUUGAGAUACUUCCUCUGACUUCUUAUCUAAGGAAUAUUUAGGGCUCUAAUAAAUUUCACAUCCCAUGAUACAGGUUUCAUUCAGGUGAGGUUACUAUUAUGACAGAUUUUUACUUAACCAAAAUGUAUAGUGACCUUGGAUCCCAAAAUAAUAGAAGGAAAUCAAAAAUUCCUAUAACACUGCUUUUCCCAAAACCAAUUUGUUUGUUUGUUUUGUUUGUUUGUUUGUUUCACAGUGCUAUUUGUGUCUUUCUACUUAUGCUAUAAUGACUAUCUAGUAGGGUCUCUAUGUUUAUAUUACUAUCACUGAAAGGCAUUUAGUAACCACCCAAAGUAGCAUGAUUAGUAGGAAAAGCUUUGAUUUUAAAAUCAAAAUACCUGAACUCCAGUCCAACCACUUACUUGAAAAAGUUGAGUGACUUUGAGUAAGUUACUUCAUCUCCACGAUCCUUAUUGUCUUCAGCUACAUAAAGGGGGAUUGAACCUAACAAGCUCUUUAUUGCACCAUUUCCAGUUUGAUAUCAGUUUCUUUACACAUGGCCUGACCUUAUCUGGGAUCCUUCACCCUAUCUUUGAACUGACAUACUCUUCAUAAAGUUUCCAAAUAAUCCUUAAGAAAGGAAAUUUCAUUUUUUAAAUUUGAAAAACAUGAAAAUUAUAGACUUCUUAGGGUUCAAAUUGAGGCAGAAUAAUGAUCUCAUUGCUGUCAAGAACAGAAUAGACCUUUCAAUUAGGACCUGUCCCAUGGACCUAGCCUAGUUUUUACCAUCAGUAUCUCCAAUGUGCUUGCUAGGGCAUGUGCAGGAAAAGUAAUGAUCUUUAAACCUUAGACUCCAAAGAAGUGGAGAAGCCAGGCAGCUUACAACCAUUCUCAUUCAGCCACACACUCCAGCACAUAUAAUCCAUAUCAACAACUAUGUCUCAAGAUUUCCCAGAAGUUAUCCUUGCCUGUACAUUGCUCAAAAUGAUUAUGCCCCCCCCACACACACAUUUCCAAAUAUUCCUAUCCAAAUUCCUUUAUUCCCUGUUCAUCUGUAUUGUACUUUCAGGCUUUAGUGAAAAGUGAUCUCUGGAAGACAACCUAGUACAUCUCCAAAGGAUGUUUGGUAUACUCAGUAUUAGGAAGACCUGUGAAUAGGGCAAGGGUAAGUUUUGAAUUAGAAUUUGGAGACCCUUUCCAAGGAUUUCCCUCUGGUUUAGUUACUGCAUUCUCUAUCUACACAGACAUACUGUAAACAACCUCAUUCCUAUUACAACAUAUGUAUUUGAGGGUAAAUAAUUCAGAAAAUGAGACCAAAGCAAAUGCUCGAUCCUUCCUUAGACCUUGGGAGUUGAAGCAGUUGAUCUUUUCAGGGGCUUCUGUAGAGAGCUAUUUGUUGGGACAUGGUUAGGGUAUCUAGCCUAAUGUCUCUCAAUAUAUUUGAGGGUGUUGAGUUAUUCUCCUUAAUAACUUAGGUUCAAGGGAUUCUUCUUUUAUUAUACCAGGAUCAUGAAAUGGGGAAUUCAAAGGCAUAUGGAUGGUCCAAAUUAGUUGGACAUUGGAAAGUGAGAUGCCUAAGCAUGCCUUGAUGCAAACUAGCCUAACUUGGAAUUCUGGAGAUCUUAGUUUUAGGGUCAUCUCUGCUGAUAAUUUGCUAUAUUAUCUUGGAGCAAGUAAUUUCAUCUAUUCCAUCUCAUUAGAGCAUUUGGAACAAAUCAUCUGGGUCCUGUCUGGAAGUCUCCUCAUACCAUCAUUUUACAAUAUGCACCUCACCAGUAUCUGGUAUCUAUUGUUGCCAAGAAUCUUCCCUCCAACCCUAAUGGUUUUUUCUGUUAAACGAAUUCAGUUUGGAUGACCUCUGAGAUCCCUCCUUAAAUCUUUAAGUAUAUGUAGUUCUACAGUAAUUAUCUGAUCAUGCACAACAUUUCCCUUCAACUCAAUACCACCACUCCCAGCUUUUGGGAUCCUGAGGGGAAAUUUUGCUGCAGACACAAGUGAGGAGCAAGAAACUGAAAUGGGAAGAAACUGAAGUGGAGAGCAGGAAACUGAAAUGGGUAAAUUGAGCAUUCACAACUGUUGGCAGGAGGCAGUGUCCCUAGGGUGCAACUCUUUUCCUUUUUCCAGUGGCUAUACCUUCCUUCCCUUCAGAAUCAAUGAUGGAUGUGAGACAGUCAUCCUGGAGACAUACACAUAUUGCCUUCCAGUAUCAAAGUGGAAUUUUCUAACAAAAUAAACUUGCUUGUUUGGUCUGUUUUCUGUAACUUUUGCUAAAUAAUUUAUACGUUUUUUUAAAAGUUAAAAAGCUGUGUCUCCUGCCAGCAUUACUCAUUCUGGUAAGAAUGUGUUUACUUUACAUUCUAUAUCUUUCCAUCCUCUUUGGCUUCAUAGAUUGGUAAAUAUAAUUGAUGUAAUAUAAUUUAUAAGUAACACUGUUGCAACUCUGAUCUCUUUGGAACUUUUAACCCAUUUUUCUUCCCAUAAUGGCAUUAGUGUGUUUUAAGGUUGAAGAAUUAAAUGUUUAAAGGGUUUGAAUUCUGAAUGUUAUAUAUAAUUGUUCUGUAUUAUUAUAAAGCAUUUUCAUGAAGUUAAACUAUUUCUCUAUAUUUUUCUGCAAGUUGGUGUAUACACUUCAGAUGCUUAGAGUCAUUCUAUGUAAAAUAAACUGUACAGAGACACA